GAACGCCCAUUUGUUCCAGUUUCGUUUUGGGAUUCGUCUUUAGAGUCGGGCGUGUUUGUGAAACGCAUUCCGAGUGAAAAUACAGAAGAAAGGUGCAAAAAGCUGUGCUUUGUCUUAAGAUGUUUCUUUUAAGAUACUCGACGGCCGUCAUCUGUGCCGUGUUCAUCGCCACAGGAGCUGUUUCAGGUGAAGAUCAGACGAAAGCAGUGGGUGAUACAGUGUCUUUUCGUCCAACCAACAUGAAUCCUCCGGUCACCAGCAUUAUAUGGAAACACAGAAGCAGCAGUGGAGUUGUUUUCAAAGUGGCUGAAUGGGAUGAGGAUGGUUUUGUCGUCCCGAAUCAGAGAUUUAAAGGCAUCACAACUCUUGAUGAGAAAACUGGACAAAUCACUAUAACUAAUUUAGCUGUCGAACAUAGUGGAGUUUAUACCAUUGACAUCAACAGUAAAGAGCAGGAACAAAGAUUCACCUUGAAAGUGUUGGGUGAAGAUCAGACGAAAGCAGUGGGUGACACAGUGUCUUUUCAUCCAGCCAACAUAAAUCCUCCGGUCACCAGCAUUAUAUGGAAACACAGAAGCAGCAGUGGAAUUGUUGUCAAGGCGAUUGAAUGGAAUGAGGAUGGUUUUAACACCCCAAUGCAGAGAUUCAAAGGCAUCACAACUCUUGAUGAGAAAACUGGACAAAUCACUAUAACUAAUUUAACUGUCGAACAUAGUGGAGUUUAUACCAUUGACAUCAACAGUAAAGAGCAGGAACAAAGAUUCAGCUUGAAAGUGUUGGAGCGGGUCCCCAAACCUGUGAUAAAAACAGAGAAGAUCGAAGGUAACCCUGUUGUGUAUUUAAGAUGCGAGUACAGUGAAAUAAUCAUCUGGAAGAAUUCUGCUGGAGAAACACUGAUCGGCUCACAGCUGGAUCAGAAAGGAGAGUCCAUUGCAGUUCAAUUCACAGGAAAUCCAGAAAACUUCUACACAUGCACACUAGAUAACGGCGCAAGUACCGAGACCAGUGAUCCGGUCUAUGAGAGAGAUCUGUUUAAAGAUCAAGGUGAGAUGAAAGCAGUGGGUGACACAGUGUCUUUUCGUCCAACCAACAUAAAUCCUUCGGUCACCAGCAUUAUAUGGAAACACAGAAGCAGCAGUGGAAUUGUUUUCAAAGUAGUUGAAUGGGAUGAUGAUGGUUUUGUCAUCCCGAAUCAGAGAUUUAAAGGCAUCACAACUCUUGAUGAGAAAACUGGACAAAUCACUAUAACUAAAUUAACUGUCGAACAUAGUGGAGUUUAUACCAUUGACAUCAACAGUAAAGAGCAGGAACAAAGAUUCAAAUUGACUGUUAUGGAGCCGGUCCCCAAACCUGAGUGACCAAAAUUAAUGGUCAAAAACAGCACAUCAUGACCAUCACAUGAGGAAAAUCAUGAGAAGAGACUUCGUGAGUGGGUUCCCCCACCCAGGACAAAGGCCAGACUCCAUCUAGACCUUUUGUUCCUCACAGAGCACGUCCUCACAUUCUUUUACAUAUGUAGAUGCACCAAAAUGAUCUCAAAAUUACUUAUAAACAAAUAUCCAUCUAUUGCAUAACUCCAUAUCAUGUAUGUAACCUAUACAUUUGUCUAUCAUGUUAUAAUCUCUCAUUGUGUAUAUCAUUUUGAAUAACUGUUGAAUAGUUUAUAGGUCUAUAGUCGUAUCUACUAUGUUUGUU